AUGAGCACAGAGGAUGACUCCAAGUGGCUGGAGUGGGUUACAAAACAGUUUGAAACUAUUGCUGGAGAAGACAAAGAAAUUGACCUGGAAGAAUUUAAAAGUGCACUAAAAGUGAAAGAGUCAUUUUUUGCAGAACGUUUCUUUGCCCUGUUUGAUUCAGAUGGGAGUGGAUCGAUCAGUCUUGAUGAAUUACUGAAAGCCCUGAACCUGUUAAUACAUGGGAAUGAAACCGACAAAUUGCGAUUCCUCUUCCAAGUUUAUGACGUUGAUGGCAGUGGCUCAAUUGACCCAGAUGAGCUGCGUACAGUGCUGAAAUCAUGUCUGCUUGAGAACGCAAUCUCACUGUCUGAGGAGAAGCUGGAUGACCUCACCUUAGUACUCUUCCAGUCGGCUGACAAGGAUGGCAGUGGGUCCAUUACUUUCCAGGAACUGAAAGAGGAACUAGAACGAUUUCCAGAAGUUAUGGAGAACUUAACAAUCAGUGCGGCUAACUGGCUAAAGCCUCCGACUGUAAACAAGAAGAAUCACACUCCCCGUUAUCUGACUCCCACAUACUGGCACAACAAUCGCAACAAGCUAUUGUUUAUGUGUUCAUACUGGUGCAUUAACGUUGUUCUCUUCACGCUUGCUGCAGUCAAUCACAAAAUGCUUGGGCCAUGGAUCAUGCUGGCCAAGGGCUGCGGACAGUGUCUUAACUUUAACUGUACUUUUAUUGUGGUCCUGAUGCUUCGCCGCUGCUUGACCUGGCUCCGUACCACUUGGGUGGUCCACUUUCUUCCACUGGAUCAGAAUGUCAUCCUGCAUGAGCUGGUCGGAUAUGCCGUCUUUGUUCUGACAGUUAUACACACGGCUGCCCAUAUUAUAAACUUCAUAAAACUGUCUGUAAAUCAAGGGACAUAUACUUUUUGGCAGUAUCUUCUCACUGUGGCACCAGGCAUUGGCUGGAUUUAUGGAACUGCCUCUAUCACAGGAAUCUUCUUGCAGCUUCUCAUCUGCCUGACCCUGGUGUGUUCUAGUACCUUUGUCAGGAAGGGCGGCCACUUUGAGAUCUUCUACUGGACACACUUGUCCUACAUCUUGAUUUGGAUUCUCUUGUUUCUCCACACACCUAAAUUCUGGAAAUGGUUUUUGGUCCCCGGACUCCUGUUCCUGCUGGAGAAACUGUAUGGAGUAGCUGUUUCACGUAUUGGUGGGCUUUCCAUCAUAGAGGCGAAUCUGCUGCCCUCCAAGGUGACACAUCUUGUUAUUAAGAGACCCUCGUCUUUGCAGUACAAGCCUGGAGACUAUAUUUAUCUGAAUAUACCUGCCAUCGCUAGGUAUGAGUGGCACCCAUUCACCAUCAGCAGCGCCCCUGAGCAGGAAGACACCCUCUGGCUGCACAUCCGAUCACUGGGGCAAUGGACAAACCGUUUGUAUGAAUACUUCAGCAAGACAGAGACAGUCAAGAGACAGGAGGCCAAACGACUGACACAGAAUCUGAAGAGGAGACACCAAAGCCAGGAGCAUCUUUUUAAUUCAGGGGAAUCCUCUGGAGGUGUUGCUACCAAUGCUGAUGAUCAGAUUGAGUUGACCUCAUAUAGACCAUGUAGAAACCCACUGAUUGAGGAUGUCCAUCUUAGCAUGGAUGAAGCUGGUUUGCAAAGCCCAGAGAUGGCCUUGAAAAGUGGUGACAACCACAGCUUUUGUAACAUCAAGUGCUACAUUGAUGGCCCAUAUGGGACCCCAACUCGGCGCAUCUUCACAUCAGACCACGCCGUGUUGAUUGGAGCAGGGAUUGGAAUCACACCUUUUGCUUCAAUCCUGCAGAGCAUCAUGUACAGAUACCGAAUGAGGAAGCAGAACUGUCCAAAUUGCAAGUACUCUUGGUGUGAGACACUAAAAGAUAAUGAAAUGAAGCUCAAAAAGGUAGACUUUAUCUGGAUAAAUCGAGAUCAGAAGUUCUUUGAGUGGUUUGUGAGUCUCUUGACCAAGCUUGAAAUGGACCAGGCAGAUGAAGAACCACAGGGUCGCUUUUUGGAGAUGCAUAUGUACAUGACCUCAGCUCUCUGCAAGAAUGACAUGAAGGCCAUUGGCCUACAAAUGGCUCUGGACCUCCUGGCACAGAAGGAAAAGAAAGACUCUAUCACUGGAUUGAGGACCCGCACACAGCCAGGACGGCCUGACUGGAACAAGGUGUUCCAGAAAAUUGAGCAAGAAAAUAAGGGUAAAGUCCAGGUGUUUUUCUGUGGAUCUCCAGCACUGGCCAAAGUGAUUAAAUCUCACUGUGAGAGGUUCAAUUUCAAAUUCUUCAAGGAAAAUUUCUAGA